AAAAACUGGCCAUUUUGUUGGGCAGAACCCUGUGCAUGUAGCUCUGCAGUGUCCCGCGUUUUGAAGCUUGCGACCGCCGUACGAGGAGAACAAGAUUCCCCUUCACAUCGGGCAAAAGUCGAGAACAGUUUCUGUUGUUAUAUAGACGUAAGAGGCUUUUCACCUUCGCUACCAAUUAAUUGACUGUUUGUCAACUAUUCGCCAAUUCUAUUUCACGAGUGAGAGGGCAAGCCCAAAGCACGAAGCCGAUUGCGAAUAAUGGCCCAUUCAGACCGGAUUGUUGGUGCACCCAGGUGAGUGCAGUAUACGGGAUGACAAUCGGAACAUCGUGGGGUGGCGUUAAUACGACCAGUACACAGUAGGGGAGCUUGUAAAUGCGACAAUUUGUGGUGUACCACAAUUCCUAUGUUCCGUAAUACUGUACAAUGUUAUUUGUUUGUGUUGACUGUGAACGGAAUGACUUAUGUUUGAUCGGAGAAACUGUCGUUUUCAUGUGUUGGAAUUCCAUCAACAUUAUGGAUUCUAAGUUGGGAAGAGAUCUGAUUUGACCUGGACGGCCAGGUACAGCCACAUGGCGUGGUCCGGCGACGGCAGCGAUUAUGACGAGGGCGAAGACGGGGAAGAGACAGGGACAGACAUCGAAGAUCUCCCGGAUGAAGAACUCAUCGUCGUCCUUCGAGACGAACAGAACAGCAUCAAGGAGGCGCAGCGUCUCAUCCACAAGGAGAUCAAGUCAAUCCGUCGAGAGCUGAAGAGACUUUUAAGACAAUACGCUGCUACUCACACCGACCAGCAGGGCUCAGAUGAGCUUCCCCACCAACGCAGGUCUAUAGACUCAGGGCUCAGUGAUGUGAACUACACGACAGACUAUACCACAGCCAGUGAGUUGGCCUCAUCUCACGGGGACAGUGAAGCAGGAUACCAGGCUUUCUUGGAGUAUGAUACAGAUGGGUCUACCGGGCAUCUAAAAGGAGAUGGGAGGUACCGGCAGCAGUCUUUGGAGGUUUACGAAUCGGGCUCUGGGUAUGAGGAUGAUGCACCGAUGGGGUACCCUCCCCCAAAUUAUAUGGUACCAGAGGGAGCAGGAGCCAGCUUGGAGCAGCAGAGCGGAACUGAAAAUGGUUUCAGACCAGGAUGUGGGAUGCCCCCUCAUUGGAACAGCAGUGAAAUGAAUCAAGCUAUGGAUGACCACACUCGGGGGAGGAACUCCACUUAUGAGGAUGCUUACAGUAUGGUGAGAAGGCGGCAUAGUGGAGAUACACCAACCAGGAACAGUAAGUCUAAAAGCUCUGGGAACAGGUGGAAAUCAAUCAUCCACAAGCAUGGCAAGAGUAUCUACUCCAUCCCUGAAUCAGAUCAGAGUCAUCUGGUGAUGAGAGAGGACUCUCGUUUGCAUUCAAAAGGGAAUGAAUCAAUGCAGAGCUCAGAAGAUGAGAUGAGAAAUUUCCAAGACUUUUCGGAUAGUAGUGUAAACAAUGGUGCUGAGCAGCCAAGAAGAUACGGAUCACAAAGCAUAAAUUCAGGUCAUAUUACCAGGAAGUUUAAGAGGAGCCAGUCAGCACAGCAGAUUGAUGUCAGGAAGUUAACAAUAUCCGGAUCGAGUACUCCUGAACCAAACAGGGAAACGAGCUCCCCUCGGCCUAACAUGCCCGUGUUAAGAAAGACCCAAUCUUCACAGUUUCUCUUGAGACCCAACAGCAUGAAUGGAGUGCCUUCUGAUAGACCGCCGUCAGUAGCCAGUGACACUUCAGAAAAGAACGGACCAAUCCGGGGUCAGUGGAACGGAAACUCAAGAACACCUGCAAUGAGCUCAGAAGAUGAGGCUAGGGAUUCGCCUCGAUUCUCAGACAGUAGCUAUGACUCUUACAUAGACACCAAAUAUUCCAGUCGGCCCUCACGUUCUUCACCAGGACUAUCUAUGCAGAAAGACCAUUCCAAACACCAUCAGCAGCAAGGCAGAAUGAACUCACCCAGACUUAAGAAAACCCCAUCUUCCCCAAACUUCUUUUCCAAUACAGGCUCCAGAAAUCCCAACUCCCACGCAAGACAAUCGUACUCUGUUAGUGAUAAACGUCACAGAAAUGCUGUCAAAGAUGAAAAUUGGAACGAAGGACUAUUACUUGAAUCUCAGUCAGACUUUUUGUAUCAUAGCAGCGAGGAAGCCUACAGGGAAUCCUAUGCCGACUACAAAGGCCAGAAGUAUCCUCACAGAAAUAAUCAACCAAAGCGGCGAGAUAAGUUCUUGAGAGACAUGGGUAAAAGUUCAACUCAUCCUUUGAUGAAAGUAUAGUGACUUGUUCAUUGAUAAUUCCAAUGUAGAUAGUUGGAGACAUCAGGGUUGAGACAUCAUCAAGUAGUUAGUGCAAAUCAGAGAAAGGAGAGAGUAUUAAAGAAAAUUGACUUGGAGCACAUUUAAGCCUACAAUGCUUAGAAUUCCAUGUUGGCCCUCAGCAAGUGUUGCACUCAAGUCAAUCACAAGUCCAUCACAAGUCUUCUAAAACAUCCAGUCCUGAGGUACCAAUGUAAAUGAACUGUGACAGCAGCAUUCCUUUCUUACUGUUCAUCCCGAUACUUGACUUGUGAAUUGGCUCUUUGAUUUAUUACGUUAAGGAGAAUACACGAGAAAGUG